CUUUUCUUCAACAGUUUAUCUCGAGGUAGAAUAAGUGGAUAAGUAGAUGCUUCUCAUUUUCAUUCAUAGGAAAUACACUACAAAGUUCUCUGGAAAGGAGUUGGGGAAAAUAGGAAGCGAUAGCGAGAGGUGUGACUGCAUGUUAAAUACGAGGAGCUGUGAGCUGAAGGCGUGAACUCUGAGCGAGCAGCGCGCGAGCAUCACGUUCACUGGGAAUUACAAGAUACGCAAGGUGACGACUUCUACAGCCAUGUCGAACGCUGAAAAUUGCAGCCAUCAGAAUCAAACAGACAAAUUCAUUGACUCAGAGUUUCGUUACACUCUCUUUCCUAUAUUCUAUGGCAUAGUCUUUGUCUUGGGGUUGCUGGCCAACUGCUAUGCUCUUUAUGUGUUGCACUAUAUGCGGGAGUCUAAAGCUAUGAAUGAGAUUCGAAUCUACAUGACCAACCUGACCGUUGCAGACCUGCUGUUCGUGUCCGCUCUACCUUUCUGGAUUGGCUACUACGUGAAUCACGGUGACUGGAUAUACUCGGAUGCCCUCUGCCGUAUCACAGGCACAUUUUUCUUCAUUAACACAUACUGCUCCAUUCUCUUCCUUACUGUCAUCAGCAUUAACCGUUACUGGGCUGUUACCAGGCCACUGGUGGCUGCCUCUUCUGACUGCUGGAAACGUGGAGCAACUGUCUCAGCGUUCAUCUGGGUCGUCACUCUUGCGGCAUCGGUUAAAUACCUCAUUGAUCCGGGAAUCCAAAUGAAUGAAAUUGAAAACAAAAAUAUUUCUCGCUGUUUCGAGGGUUAUCAUUGCACGGAACGCUCUGUUAGAGAAGCAGUGGCCAUCACCCACUUCAUCAUUAUUGGCUUGUUCUUUCUUGUUUUCGCAUUGGUGAUUGUCUGCAACAUCCUAAUCGCUCGAGCUCUUCUGGCCCAACCCAUCAGUCAGCCUCGAGCCAGCACAGGAAAGCGUCCUGGUGGUACCAAGCGCAGAGCUUUGAGGAUGCUGUGUGGUGUCGUGGGUGUCUUUGUGAUCUGUUUCCUGCCACAUCAUGUGGUGCAGGGUCCCUGGACUUUGUCUGUGCUGGGCCUGAAAAAUUAUUGGAGCAUGGAGACUCACCAAAGCUUAAACGAUGCUCACCAGAUCACCCUCAUGCUUAUGGGGAUCAACUGCCUCCUGGACCCGUUGGUGUAUUGCUUUGCCACCACAAAGUUCCGCAAAUACAUCCAGGGUCAUUUCACAAGGGUCAAGAAUAACAAACACUGCUCGCGCAACACAUUAAGCACGGCUAUGUCACUGAAGAGCAGACAUCAGAGUGAAUUAUGAAUGCUGUCGAAGAGCAGAACACAUAUAACACAGUAACACACUGAUAAAUGUAUGGUGUUCAUUUUAAUCAGUUAGAGUCCUAUUCUGAAUCUUUCAUAUUUGAGCAGAAUUUAAUUUCAAUUCAAAAUUAUGUUCUGUUUGGAUUUUUAACGGGUUUCACCAAAAAAAUGAAAAUUCUGCUUAUGUCAUUCCGAACCUGUAUGACUUUCUUCUGUGGAACACAAAAUAAGAUUGUUUAAAAAUGUUUCAAUGUUUUUACAACGAAACGAAAGUCAGUGGUAUCCAAAGAAAGUAAUGGAGCUGGGUAAAUAAUUAACAGAAUUUUAAUUUUUGUGCAAACUAUCCCUGUAAUGCAACCAAAGGAUCGAUACUUAAAAUUAGAUGUUCAUCUUUCAAUUGCUGCCUCUUUCAGGCAACUCCUUUAAACUAUAGAUUAUUUCAAGCAUGAUUAUUCAACACGUACUUAUAAAUGCUUUAUAUACUGAAACAUUAAGCAUUUAUAAUGUGAUUCCUAUAUUGUCAUAUUGUCUCUUAAAGAGAUAAUCCACCCCAAAAUGAAAGAUUUGUCACCAGUUACUUACCUUGAUGUCAUUCCAAACUUUUAUGACUUUCUUUCUUCUGAGGAACACAAAAGACGAGAUUUUGAAAGUCAGUGGCGUUCAAACAACUCUGGACCCCAUUGACUUGGGCAGAAAACACUGAAACGUACUCAAAAUAUUUAUUUAUAUUCCACAGAAGAAAGUCAUGUAGGUUUGUAACAACAUUAGGGUGUGAGUAAAUGUUUGCUCUUGUGUAGGUGGAACUGACCUACAUUUAUAUGUGUCAAACAAACUCGUUAUCUCAUUCUUGGUAAAGAUGCUGUGGUGUUCGUUCUUGUUGUCAUAUAAGGACAGUCUUCUGUAGAAUGAAGAAGACAAACGAGUAAAGAGGAUGCUGCUGGUUAAUCUGACUGAAGUGUGAGGUGAUAAGAACAGAAGAAAUUUUUUUUUAUUUUAGACAUAAUAGCCCCUUUCACUCAAAACAGUCUUGACUCUUUACUGAUAAAAUAAUGAUAAAUUAACAUUUAGAAAUCAUGUGUAAAUGGGACUUUUUUUUUAAAUAUUGGUAAUUUUCUGGCAAUUUUUUCAGUAGUCCUAUAUGAGAAGUUGUAACAUUAUCAAUAAAUUACCGGCAUGAUAAUGUGUGUGAACAAAGAAUAUGAUUGCCGGUAUGAGCAUGUGCGAGUGUUGACGUGAGAAGUCUGCUUUGGGCCAAUCAUAAAGCUCUGUUGGAGCUUUUUACCAUUAGCUCCGCUGCUUUUAAUUGUUUUUCUAUGUAAACAUGCUAGUUGGACGUCUGACCGCAUUUUACGCUCGAGACCCUGCCUUCAUUUCUAUUCAUCAGCACUGUGGCUCUGCAGUCACUUGUUCAUACUAUAGUAAACUCAGUACUAUACAGUUACUGCAGUUUUAUCAGUGUUGUGUUUUAUCAGUGUUGUGUGUGCAAAAACAAUUUCAUCCCUUACACCUGGCACUCAGAAUAUAUAUGUAUGUUAUCAAAUUGGCCAGAUAGUAAAACAAAAGCAGGUGGAUAAAGAAAAUGGCUCAGCGUUUAGAGGUCAUUUCUGAUGAUUAACAUCACAGAGUUUACCGGUAUUUUGGUAGAAACACAGAACACCAUUGCUUGUGUGAACAGUCAAGCUACUGGAAAAGUCAACCUGGUAUUUUAACGGUUAUUUACCGGGUUUAAUGUCUUGAAAGGGGCUAAUGCUGAUGAAUGAAGCUAUUUGUUUUCUGUGAUACCAGAGUUUCACUGUUCAUAAAGGGAGAAGUUGUGGUGCUGCUAAAGAGUCAGGAUUAUUUGUGAUAUAAAUUGCACAUAAAGGUGGUCAAUUGAUUUGUGUCUGAUGUCACUAUAACAUAAAAUACUGCCUUACUUGUUGUGAAGUAUUUCUGAGGAGCAUUCCUGUGGGUUAGGUUUUGUCACACAGGAAAUCUUCAUAUUCUUUUGCAAUGAUAUGUUUUCCAAAAUGGGGAACUUGAGCCACACACCCAUGGGAAAUGUGCACAUAAACCACUGAAAUGACCACUAAACUGCCCUGUUCAUGUUCUAUAGCCUAUCAAGCGAUUUUAGACAAUGUUACAUUUAACAAAAUUUUGUUUGGUAACGUUUCACAAUAAAGUUCAAUUUGUUAACAUUACAGCUCAAUAGUAUAUUCAUAAAUUAACAUGAAUCUACACCAAUCAAUUCAAUACUGUAAAAAAUUUUCAUUGUUUAUGAUACCUAAUGCAUUAAUGUUUAACAAUUUAUUGUAACAAAAUGACUGUAUGAAAUAACAAUUUGUUUUCACAAAAGUUUAGUAAUAAUAAUUAUUCCAAUUAUGAAAUGCAGGUUUGUUGACUUGUACUUUGUUCUUAAUUGUAAAUCUAUGAACUGCUGAAGAUUAUUUUAUCCACUUAUAGUGCCAUGAUGUUAUUUAUUUAACAGGAUGUGAUAUUUUUUUCUGAUAUGUAAGAUGAUAUCUGUUUUAUAUGUAUGGUUUACAUUUAAUGUAUUGCAAAAACAGACUUUUAUGAAAAUAUGUGUUUAAAUUCCCAGUAAUGUCUUGCCAUUCUUUAUUACUUAAUAUGGUGUGUGUGUGUAUAUGAGCUGAGUUUUAUGGUGGCAUUUAAGACAUUUAUUCGAUGCUCAGCGAUAUUCACCGUUGUUUCCUUGUGGUUUAACACAUUUUAAAAUAGCAUAAUGCUUGUAUGGCAGCUGCUUCUGAAGAAUCUUUCUUAAAAAUAAACUUCUGCAUUAAGCAGGAAGUUUGGCAAGAAACUGUUAUGUGUGCUCUAAUUUGUAAAGAGAUUGUUCAUCCAAAACUAAUAGUUGACAUUUACUCAUCUUCACUUUGUUGCAAACCCAUAUGACUUUCUUCUUAGGUACAUGAAGGAGAUGUUAUGCAACAAUAGGGACUUGGGUUUUUGUCAAUUCAGUUUAAGUGAAUGAGUAACCUGUUCAUCUCUUGACUAGAAAAGAAGAAGAGUGAAGGACAGUUGUGAAAGACUAUUGGUCCCACAUUCUACAGAUACUAAAGUACAGCAAGUGUUUUAUAUUUAUUCAAAUGAUCAUUGAUGUUUGCACAUGAUGUUGUUUAUAUCAUAUAAGGCUUAAUCUGUGCUAAAAAGGCUAAAUAAAAUAAAAAAAACUG